UAAUGUAUAGAAGUUUAGGAUUACUUAUCAGAACUACAUCAAUUGUAUAGAUGUGUUUAAAAUUAGUAUAAUUAAAUGUGGAUAAGAGGUCCUAAAAAAGCAAAAGUAGAAGCAGUUGCUACUUCUGAUGAUUUAAUAAAUAUUUGGAAAGAUAGAAAAGACCCAGAAAUCAAAGAGAUUGAUGAGUAUCCUUUAUGGUUAUUAGAAUUGGCAGUACCAUUAGACAGCAUAGAUGUAGCAUCUAUUUAAAUUGCAGCAAAUGAUAAAGCUUAUGUUAGCUAUAUUUUUUAUUUAGCACCCUCCAGCAAGUCAUGUAAGGAGUAUUGUUAGAAGUAUUAAAAGACAGAGAAUUAUUUUAAUGAAUAAAUAUACAGCAUUAAAUAGAGAUGGAGAUGUCAUUGGUGAUGAUGAUCUCAAUGAUUAAGAAGAUUAAUUAGAGCAUAUUUAAUAAGAGAAAUUAGCAGAAGAAGCUGCAGCUGAAGAAGCAGCAAGACUUAAAGAAUUAGAAGAAGAUGAUGAAGAUACACCUAAAGGUAUUAUAUAUAUAUUAUAUAUUUAUAUAGCAAGAAAGCCAGCUAUUAGAAAAGAAGAAGAUGAUGAUGAUAAACCAGCAGCUGGAAAGGCUGGUGAUAAAGAUAAAGCAGCUAGUGGUGCAAAAGGAGGUGCUGCAGCAACAGGAGCAGCAGGUAAAGCUGGAGAUAGUGCUAAGGCAGGCAAAAAAAAAUGAGGUGU